GCAACUAUUGUUUGUCAAAAAAAAAAAAGAAAGAAAAAUCAAUAAAUAAAAAUUAAUAAUAAUUACUCAAAAACAUGUUUACCGCAGUGAAAAGCAUAUUUUUUAUUUUUUUAUAAACAAUACCAAAUAACAUAAACAAUUGCAUAUCUAAAUAUCCAAAAAACAGUAUAAAAAAAAUAAUAUUUCUCAACAACAAUGAUUUUUCAUUCUACAUAACAAUAUAACAUUGCCUUAUCACAUUUGUUAUUUAACCUAUAAAAAAAAAUCAAUCAAUGAUUUUGUAAAGCAAGUUAUUAAUUAAUAAUUGUUAUUUAUUUUUAUUUAUUUAAUAUUACUUUGUGUUAAAGUUGAAUUAAUUUAAUUAUUAAAAUGGCAACACCAACAAAUGGAAAUGGAAAUUUGGUGGAUGAAUUUGAAGAAGCAUAUCAGCAAUGUUUAAAUAUACUGACAAAAGAAGAGGGUUUAAGCAACAAUAGUAUUGGAAGUGGUUUAGCAAUAGACAAAGAUGAGUCUCGAGUUGAAGUUGAACAAGUAACACUACGUUUUAUUGAUCUUGCUCGUCAAAUGGAAGCAUUUUUUCUUCAAAAAAGAUUUCUCUUAUCAGCCCUAAAACCAGAGGUUGUCAUUAAAGAAGACAUAAGUGAUUUAAAAACAGAAUUAACAAGAAAAGAUGAAUUAAUAAAACGACACUAUGAAAAAAUUGCUGUCUGGCAAAAUCUUCUUGCUGAUUUACAAGGUUGGUCAAAAUCACCAGCCCAAGGACCAGCACCAAAUGGAAUGCCAAAUGGAAGCCAAGGUCCUCAAGUACCACCUGGUCCAAAUGGAGCAAGUCCAGCAAUGCAACAACAACAACAGCAACAGCAGCAACAGCAACAACAACAACAGCAGCAACAGCAAAUACUUCAACAUCAACAACAAUUGCAACAACAACAACAAUUGCAACUUCAAAUGCAGCAGCAACAUCAACAACAGGUGCAGGGAGGUCAAGCAGCAGUACCACCAGGUCUCCAAGGUGUCAAUGUUGGUCAACAAGGAAUGUUUAUGAGCCAAGGUGGUGUUGGCGGUGGUCGUGUUGGUGGUGGUGGUUUUACAAGUGGUGGUAGUGUUGGUAUUGGUGGUGGUGUUGGAGGUGUUGGUAGUGUUGGCGGUGGUGUUGGUGGUGUUGUUGGUGUUGGACAAAGUUCACUACAAGGACCACUUGCAUUUUUGGAAAAAACAACUAGCAAUAUAGGGAUGCCAGAGAGACGAAGUUGACGGGGAAGGGGGAGGGGCAGAGGAAGGGGUCGAAGUCGUGGGAGAGGAAGGGGUCGUGGUUUGAUUAAUCCAAUUAAUAAUACAAUUAUUAAUCCAAUUAAUAAUCCACAAUCCAUCCUUGAUCCCACCGACCCUUCAUCCUAUGCUGCAGCUGUUGCUGCUGUAUCCUCGCCUCUUCCUCCUCAACAGCAAUAAUAUUUCGCCUCUCGGUAUCUUAAUAUUCAUACAUUUUUUUUUUCAAUUAUUAUUUACUUCAAAACAUUCCUGUUUUAUUUUUUUUUCUAUUUUUUUUUCUUAUUAUUGUUUUUCCUUAAAACCAUUCAAAUAAAAAACUCAGAUUUAUUUACAAUUAAAAAAUUGUAUUUAUAUUAUUGUAAAUAAAACUGAGAUUUUUAUAUGAAUUUUUUAAAUAUAAAUAUUGUCUUUUGUAUAUAUUAUUAUACAAUUAAUUCAUUACUGUGUACUUAUCUUCAAAAACAAAAUAAUAUUUUUUAAUUUUAAUUAUUCUUUGUUUGUAAAAUUAUGGCUAAUUUAAUUGAUAAGUAUACAAUAAUUAUAAUUAAAUGUAAAUUGUUUUUUUUUUUUAAUAUGGAUAAUUGUGUGUGUGAGAGAGAGAGCAAGUGUGUGUGUGAUUGAAUAAAUCCAAAAUCCUUUUUAAAUGUAAUUUUUAUUUAUUAUUUUAUUACAUUUAUUAUUUUAUCAUUUUUUUUUUAUCAUUUAUUUUAUAAAUGGCUUGGAUUUUUUAUUAAGGCUAUUUUCCUUGUCCAUUAAUCCCAUACAUGAUUUUUUUUUUUUACUUAUUUAUUAUUAUAAUAAAAUUUCAAUUUUUAUCUUUUGGUAAAUUACAUAUUUUUUUUUUCUCAUUUCAAUGUUGUUUGUCAAUUUUUUUUUUUCUUUUUUUUUCGACUAAAUUUAUAAAAUUUAUUUUAUAUACAACAAUACGUAGUUUUUUUUUAGUUUAAAAAAAUUUUUUUUUAUCAAGUAUCGAAUUGCUGUACACGGAUAAGAAAAGCUCUCACUUAAAAAAAAAAAAGAAAAAAAAAGUUAGUUGAAAUUUUUUUUAAAAAAAUUUUUAAAAAUUGUGCAAAAGUUUUUUUUUUUUUUUGUUAAAUAUAACAAUUGUAUGCUUAAUUGUUAAUUUAUUAUUAUUUAAAAAAUUUGAUUUUUUAAAUUUUUUAAUGUUAAUUAUUGAGUUAAUGAAUAUUUUUAUUUUUUAGUUUUUUAAAUGCACAAUAAAUUUAUAAAUGCAUGUGCAUCAUUGAUGGGACUGUACGAGAGUCUUAAGAUGCAAAUUUCUGGAAGAAUUCAAUGAGUGUACGUGUUGGUCGUCCAGUCAUACCAGGUUGAAGAUAACUUAUAUUUUCAGCACAUGGUCCAGCAACACCAGCAAUAUCUAAA